CACUGCUGUCCAGUAGGUGGCGGCAAUGCGCCAACAAAUAAAUAAACACCGUCGAAGAAGAAAGGGUGUCUCCAUCAGGAAGCUGAGGAUUUGUCCGUGGAAAUGAAGCAGGAGUACCAGGACCUCAUCCUGCAGACAUGCGGUGCUUCAUCGCUGCGUGUCGGCGCUAAGAUCCAGACUCUGUGGAGCGGUUACGGGGAGAUAGUGCGGCUGCACCUUGAGGGCUGUGGGCGGCCCUCGGUGGUGGUCAAACACGUCAAGUUUCCGGAAGAGGCAGAGCACCCGGGCGGCUGGAACACGAAUCUCUCCCACGCCCGUAAAGUCAGGUCCUACCAGGUGGAGACCCACUGGUACCAGAACUACUCCACUAAUCAGAGCUGCCGCAUCCCCGCCUGCCUUGCCGCCCGUUCCUAUGGCGACGAGAUGCUGAUAGUUCUGGAAGAUCUGGAUGUGGAGGGCUAUGACCAGAGAAGAACCAGCUUGAAGGACAAAGAGAUAAGGGCCUGCCUGAGCUGGCUCGCCCACUUCCAUGCCCUCUUCCUGGGUGUGACCCCAGAGGGUCUGUGGCCGGUCGGCACCUACUGGCAUCUGGAGACCCGGCCAGAUGAGCUGGAAGCCAUGGACGACGCUGAGCUCAAAGCGGCAGCGGGCGACAUCGACAGGAUCCUCAACGAGUGUCACUUUAAAACCAUCGUUCACGGAGACGCCAAGCUGGCCAACUUCUGCUUCUCUAAGAGCGGACUCGAAGUGGCCGCCGUAGACUUUCAGUACGUCGGCGGUGGCUGUGGGAUGAAAGAUGUUGUGUAUUUUCUCGGUAGCUGCAUGGAUGAGAGGGAAUGUGAUAAACGGGUACCGGGAUUGUUGGACCACUAUUUCUCAGAACUGAAGGCAUUUGUUAAUAAAGAUGUGAACUUUAAUGCUCUUGAGAAGGAGUGGAGAGAGAUGUUUGCAUUCGCGUGGACGGAUUUCCAUCGUUUUCUACUGGGAUGGAUGCCGGGACACUGGAAGAUCAACCAGUACAGUAAGCAGCUGACCAGGGAGGUUCUGCGCAAACUGAAGCAGUAAUCAGAACUACAGAUCAUUCGAUGCCAUACUGUGAACUGUAAUGUAAACAAGAAGAUCUGACUAUGGGAAUUCUUAUUGAAAAGAGCCACCCAAACAAGCCACCUCAUGCACUUUACUUUACUGUGUAGUAUCUAACAUUCUGUUUGGUCAGCUGUGGAUAAUAAAGACUUUUAAAAAAU